UACAGUAAAAAUGUAGUUUAAUGCCAAGCUGUGGUGCAUUUUACGUUGUGUUAUCAAUCAAUGUGAUUGUAGAAGUCAGAAUUAAUUCUACUCAUCUAUCCAUUAUCCGUUAGACGCUCAAACGUACAGUUGAUUUGUUUUUCUCAGUUCGGUUUCUCGCGUCCUCGGUUGAUGAUUGAAGUGUGUGUUGCAAGUUAAACAUAAAAACAGUCUGAUUUUUUUUGAAGCGGUAUAUGUACUUACGUAGGGAUUAUUCAAUUUUUCUAUCCAGGAUCGAUUACCAAAGAAUUAAAGGAUCAAGAUUAUAAACACGCUAAAUGUGUACAUGCCAACGAAUACAAUGGGAAAAAAAGAUGAACCUACGGAGCAAUCGACAGAAAACCCUCAGCGUAUUGGUAGAUUAUCGAUCAUUGGACUUGCCCUUUUCGCAGCUGUUAUUUUCCUACUUGGUUUAUUCACUCAUAAAUAUGAAAUUACGCAAUUUUUACUUGAGGAGCGUUUAAGAAUGCGUGAAUUUAUGCCUCACUUCCGGUGGUGGCAGAAUACAUCAGACGUGUUGGUUACUUGCAGAAUAUACGUGUUUUCAGUAACAAACAGACAACGUUGGUUGGAUAAUCUAGACGAUCGAUUAAAAUUCGAAGAAAUCGGCCCUAUCACUUAUCGAGAAACACUCGAUCAUCUGGACGUGGUUUUCCAUGAAAAUAAUUCAACCAUAUCAUACAAUUCGAGGAGGCAGCUUUUGUUCAUGCCUGAUCACAACGAAGAUAACAUUCUCAAUAAAACAAUCACUGUGCCAAACAUUGCAGUGCUGGCAAUGGCAGCGAAAUUGCAAAGGUCAAGUUCGUUGGUUAAAUGGGCCUUCAGGCUAAUUCUGUCUGGUUCCGGUGAUGAUGUAUUCGUCAACACAACUGUACAAAAUUAUCUCUGGAAUAUGACCAGUCCGGUGAUACAGCAUGCGAAAAAAAUUGUGCCUUUUAUGGUUCCCAUGGAGAACAUUGGAGUAUUAAAUGUGAUGUACCAGAACUACAAUGACCGUGUUAAUGUCCGUUACGGCAAAAGAUACGGACACGAGCAAUUUUUUAUGAUGAACUCCUAUGGCUCUCGCCCCACGGUACCGGGAUUUAUACCGGAAAAUGGUGAUUGUUUUGCUUCGAUUGUUAAUGCUACUGAAGGUGCGGCAUACCAGCAACAACUGAAUGAAAAAUCCGUGUUAAUAUACUGGAGAAAAACCCUUUGCCGGCCUGUUCCACUGUAUUUCGAGAAGAAAGUGCACAUUAAAUCCUUAGUCGGGUAUAAAUAUGUACUGCUGGACAGCUCGUAUGAUCGGCUAGCAAAUUUGUCAAACGAUUGUUACAAGGGUCAAAUAAGCUUGCUUGAAAAUGGUAUGACGGACAUGUCUAAGUGUUUCACAGAUUUUCCAGUAGUCGCAACUAGCCCGCAUUAUUAUGCACGCAACUUAUCUGCAGCAACACAAAUUUCAGGAAUGAAGCCGAACAGAGAGAGCCAUCAUAGUUACAUAGUCGCUGACCCUAGCCUCGGAAUCCCAAUCGAUCAAUGUGCACGAACUCAAAGCAAUUUGUUUCUACCAAAACUCAGUAACUUUCCUGAUAAAAUUCUUAAAUUCAGUGAAAUGAUUCUUCCCAUGUUUUGGAUAGAAUAUACACUUGAAACUCAGACAGUUCAUUCGUCUUUGGCGAUACACGGAAGAUGCCUCUUGUUAAUAUUCAGUGCAAUGCGUGCAUUGAUAUAAAGAAACUGUCACAACCGUGACGAACCUCCGAUAGGACAAGCCGCAUUCACCCCUGGAUGUGUACAUCUUGACGAAUAAUGACGGAGUAUUUCGAGUCGCUGCCAUUGGUAAACAAAUAAACAAAAGGGAUUGCUGCCAUUGGUAAACAGAUCAAACAAAAGGUACUGAGAGUGAAAAGUUGUAGUUCAAUGUUUAGAAAAUAUUAUUACAGUUAAAUUGAUUUUAUUAAAUUAAAAACAAGGUAAAAUCAUGCGAUUCUUACAAAUAUCGACCUAAUCAAAGCAUUAAAUUCCAGAGCGAUCAAAGCAGAUAGAUAAAAAUUACUGGAGAAGAUUAAACGUGAGUGUUUACUUUGAACAAUUGCUAAAUUCAAUAGGGUUUCUAUAGGACCUGAAAAGAAAGAAUAGAUUAAUAAGAUUAGUAACUAAAAUCAAUUAAAUACUUACCGUUUAUAUGUUUAUGUUUGUA